AUGUGGACGACUACCAGCGGCUUAAGUGGCCGGCCACUUCGGCUGAGCAUCACCUUCGCCGCUGUCGUUGGUUUCUCGCUCUUCGGCUAUAACCAGGGCAUGAUGGCCGGCAUCCUCAGCGGCACAGAGUUUACCGCCAACUUUCCUAUUCUCGCAAUGCCCGACGACGCGACCGCAUCUCAAAAACACUACAUCGAUGUCAUUCGCGGUGCUGUCACCUCUUGCUAUGAGCUUGGCUGCUUCUUCGGCGCUUUGUUCUCCAUGUUUUACGGCGACAGACUUGGUCGGACUCGCCUGAUCUGUAUGGGUGCCAGUAUCUUGAUCCUGGGCGCCCUGAUCACAACACUCUGCUUCACUGGAAAAUGGGAAGUUGGUCAAUUCGUCAUUGGCCGUGUUGUGUCAGGUGUUGGAAAUGGAUUGAACACGGCCACGAUCCCGGUAUGGCAAUCGGAAUGCUCUGGUGCCCACAACCGUGGCUUCCUGGUCUGUUUCGAGGGCGCUAUGAUUGCUGGUGGCACCUUUAUUGCCUACUGGGUAGUCUUCGGUCUCUCGUAUGUCCCAGAAUCUGUUCAGUGGCGAUUUCCCGUGGCCCUUCAAAUAUUCUUCGCACUGAUUGUGGCCGCCGGUGCCCUGAUGCUCCCGGAUUCCCCAUCAUGGUUUGUCAAGAGAGGACUUGACAAAGAAGCUUGUGAAGUUCUUGGCAAACUUAAGGGAACUUCCCCUGAUUCCGAUGAAGUGCUUCGUGAUUUUAAUUUCUUAAAACAAGAUGUGGAAUCAUCGAAGAACACCCAGUCAAACUGGAAGACCGUCUUCACAUUUGGUAAGACGCAGGAAUUCCAACGUCUCCUUAUUGGUUGCUCUGGUCAGUUUUUCCAGCAGUUUACUGGCUGUAAUGCUGCUAUUUACUACUCAACUCUUCUCUUUGAAGAGCAUCUUCAUAUGGAGAAGGAACUUUCUUUGAUUAUGGGUGGUGUAUUUGCAACUGUUUAUGCUAUCGCAACUAUCCCAUCCUUUUUUAUGAUUGAAAAGGUCGGACGCCGAAAUCUCUAUUUAAUUGGCUUCCUAGGCCAAGGUCUAAGCUUUGUCAUCACCUUCUCUUGCUUGAUUAAAGAAUCCGAGCAGAACUCCAAGGGUGCUGCUGUUGGAAUCUUCCUCUUCAUCGUUUUCUUUGCAUUCACUCUCCUACCACUGCCAUGGAUCUACCCACCGGAAAUCAACCCUCUCCGUACCCGCACUAUCGGUGCAUCGGCCUCGACUUGCACCAAUUGGAUCUGCAAUUUCGCCGUGGUUAUGUUCACUCCGCUUUUCGCUGGCCAGAGUCCAUGGGGAGUCUAUCUCUUCUUCGCUCUAUUCAACUUUUUGGGUGUGAUCUUUGGCUUCUUCUUUUAUGUCGAAACAGCUGGCCGUGAGCUGGAGGAGAUCGAUAUCGUUUAUGCCAAAGCCCAUGUCGAAGGAAAGAUGCCAUGGAAAGUUGCCAAGGACUUGCCCAAGCUUAGCUUUGAAGAGAUCACUCAACAGUCUCGCGAGCUGGGCUUGGAUACCAAUGACCAUGGCGUGCAUGAGAAGAGCGAGCUUGGCCUCACUAGUGCCAGUGAUAGUGACCAGAAGCCCGAGGAGCUCCCGGAGAGGCAGUGA